AUGCCAUGUACAAUGAACCAAGUGUCCCCAAACUACACACUAUGCCUGAGAGCAACACAACAGAAGGAAGACCCUCCCCACACCCUCCCAGCCAUGAGCCAAGCACACCAACGGUCACACCACCCAGCGACUACACCUUCACCUGUCGUGCCUGUGCCACACACCUGCCAUGCAGCAGCAGCAGCACCACCACCACCACACCCUGAACCACAGUUAUCUGCUAGCCAUCCCUGUCCCUUUCCCAAGUUCCCUAGCAGCCAAUCCCAAGUCACACCCACCUUGGGAUCCACAGCCGGGGUGUUUAUUGGGGGCACGGCCUCCCAGGUGGGCACAGAUGGCCUCCGUGAAGGCCUGGGGACUCUCCUCCUUGACGGCCGCUGUGGGGCCGCCAUCCCCCCUGGUAUGAAAGCCUUCCUGAGCCAGCCCGUCAGCCCCAGGGUGGCCCAGGGGGUCUUGUCUGUUCUCUGGUGUGGUGACAGGCGGCUUCAAGAAGCCAAUCAGCGCCGCCUCAGCCGCCGCCUGCUUGGCCAGCUGCUUUGAAGAUCCAAACCCUCGGUACUUCUGCCCGUCAACCUGAGGAGAGGCAGCAUUCAAGGGGCGGCUCCCCUCACCCAGGGCGACACAUUCGGCACGGCAGUGUUUCAUGAACAAACUCAGGAGUGAGGCAUUAGCAAGCAAGAAAGGCAAAAAAGUAAAAUAGCUCAACAUA